CGCUGAGAAUACGGUAAAAAUUUGUUUAGAAGCAACCAUGAAUUUCAGUUUAAGGAUACAGUUUAAGGUAUUCAGAUGUUCAGACUUUUUUAACAGGACAGGUAUUUGUCAGUUUUUUAAAUUGAUGCAUGGAGGAUCAACACUAUGGAAGACACAUAUAUUCAUAGAAAUUAUUGAGUCAUGACAAGAAGCAGUGAUUAAUUACAGAUAUUCUCAUGUUCAGUUUACUCAAUCUUGCUAUCCACUUCGUUGUAUAGAUCAUCCAUCGUUCUACGUAGAGCCACGCCUUUCGCGUCUGAGCAGAAAACCUUGAGCUUCAUUUGGAUGCAAAGAAACGAGAGGAAGGGGCAGGAGGAGUUGUGCAAGCGACAGAGAGGGGAAAAUCACGGAACUGGACCCAUGCAGUGGGACCCGACGAUCCGUCGUGGGGAAGUUCGUCAGGUUUACCUCCUGGGGACAACAAGACGAGAGGGCUGCAUCCGUAACGACGGUCACCAUCAAAUGGUCACCAUCGAAUCACGUCGGUGAGCUGCGUCCAGUCGGAAGCUAACUCGAGUCUUACUCGGUGAUAUCCCCAACAAAGAUGGACUGGAAUCUGGCUUUUGGUUGAACUUUUAUCAGUCUUGGGCCAGCCCGCUCUCUCGGUCGAAAUGAGAUGGACUGCAAAACCAACAGCGAUAUUCGCCGGUUCUAUGCUCGUAGAACCGGCGAAUGUCGCUCGCAGAGCACGAAAACCAGGUGCAUUCCAGGCAGUUUCGAGUCAUUCCGGGCUGACUCCGAGGGUGGGGGGGCGAUAUCAAGUCAACGGUCGACCUCACCGACAGCAUUCCGUCAAGUGCCGAGGAAUCGGAAUGAGCGCAAGUCAACUAUGCGGGUCCACGACUCCCCGAGCCGGCUCGGCUGUUCUUCUCCAUGUCUCGAGGAAUGAAAUCGGUUCCAGAAGGCGCAAGACCGCUCCGCUUUCGCACUUUGUUCCGAAAUGCUCGACAGAGUCUCGACAUUGCACUUGCACUUUUCCUUUCCAAUGCCGAGACUUCUGAGGCUAAAGUUCCUACUUCUCGAUCGCCGUCUCUGUAUCUACCAGCUAUGAAACGACAGUCCUUGGAUCGACUCGAGGUUUUGGCGACAUCGCCUAGCUACAUGAGCUAGCUACUUGCACCACGCGGCGAGGAGUCCUCGUACGUACGUACGCACGCACUCGUCCAGGUGAGUUUGUUUUUCACCCCACAUCACAUCACAGCCUCAUCAUGCAAAUAUCAUUCACAGUGAUUCUAGCCCCUCGGCUCCCAGAUCUAGAUCUCCAUAUUCUCAUUCACGACGAUUUGUCCGAAGGGAAUCACCAACGUCGUGUCCAGUGUUAAAUCACCGCAAUCCAGAGUUUAAAUCAAAACCUUGUGCACUCUUAUCGUGUCGUGGUGUGCCGUCGUGCGUAACUUCUCCAGACAUGGCUCGAAAGGAGGAACCAUGCCGAAUCACUUUGUCAAUAAACCCUAAACUUCGUAGGCUUCCCUUGAUACCACCCCGAAUAAGAAGGGAUGCCGCGCUCUCGGAAUUUCAUCUCCCCGAUGAAACGCAACCAUACUUUGGGCCUCGCUCCAGACUCCAGACCCGAAUCGAGACCGAGACCGAAACUUCAAUCAUGAACGUGUCUCGCGUUGUCUUUUGCCUUGUAACGAUGACCACUGAAACGUAGAAAAUGUGGAACUUUUGAUAUAUCUCGCACCCAGAAGGCCAGGGGAGGGCAUGUCUGGACACAAUUGUUCGACUGGAUGAGGAAUGUACUUCCAUUGGAGCCAUUCCAAGACCCUCUGCUCACAAUGUGCCGGGAUUGAGGCUUUUUGGUCAGCUGGGAACCAGUGGACUCGAUGAGGCGUUCAACAAUAGCACAAAAGCUACUCAUGAUCUCACGAGUUAUCAAAGUUGGUGUUCCGAGGACACAGAUAUCAUAGACUUGAGUGUUCAUGGUGAUGGCUCGAGUUACACUCCUCGAAUCUUUGAAUCGGAGAAAGAACAUCGUUCGAGACCUUCGGACGAGUGAAUGUGGACCACCGCAGACAAAAAGUACAGCAAGGGUAAACUUUGGAAGAGGGUGAGAAGAGCUGCACAUAGGGUCCUGACCUGCAGUAGGUUGGAGUCUCCUGGAGCAAAAAAAGAGACGAACUGAUUCUCCACCCGAGUGCCGAGGACCAUGUUGUACUGCAUCAUCAUCACCAAUAAACUAAAAUUCUCUUCUCAUCAGUACAGUCAGAAGCCUUACCGUCAGAGCUCUAGAUUUUAUAUUCGCAGUGGCAAAAGUUGUCUGUGCGUGUUUCAGCCAAUCCGGUACGCCUUCAGCUGUCGAAAACAAGCAUCCAAUUCUGCACUGAUUCUCUAUCUCUUUCAGUAAAUAGAAGGAAAGUGACUUUCGUGACUCACGACUCUCUCCAGUUGGAACAGAAUUUGUUAUAUACAAUAGUCUGAGACCCAGUUUUCUGGAAAGUACAUCGCCCGCAAAGGCAUGGAGGCCAAAGGGUAAGAGUUUACAGAAAAGGAGUGGAAGAGACUGUUUGUCAGACAUCAAAGUACAGUACAGUCUUAAUGUGCCUCCCGAGUGGAGUAGAGGAUAGAACUACAGCAGAGCAUAAGGCAUCAGACUAUUGCCAUCGUCUUCUAUUUCUUUAGUUGCCAUUUCACAGUGCGCACGAACUCACUAGCCAAGCGUAAAGCUUACGAGCAUCAUGUUCGCCGACGUCAGUCGGUCAGGCUUACAACACUCUGUGUGCUUUUUUCUUGGGUAGAUCAGAAUCUUGGGGUGCUGUGUAAAGCCAAGUGAUCUUUGUUAUGUGAGAGGCGAUUAAGGGGGUUUCUUUGUCGUGCCCAGUCUAGUUCCAGCAGUUCCUGAGUGGCGCGUACAGUUUCUCUUCCUUCCUGUAACUUCUUCGUCAUUGAAGUAGUUGUAUUGAGAAGGUAUUUGGACCGGUUCUGGGUAGAUUGGUCGUGACAUGGAGGAGUGAGGGAAGCGUAUGGGAUGCAGUGAGCCACACACUUUGGACAAGAUUGAAGACUUGUGGUCUCAGCAGAAGUUUUUGUCUGCUUGGCCAUGUAUUCACAUGUGGCAUUAUCAAUACAGAUGAAUUUGG